AUGGCCGUUAUAGUUCCUCCCGAUCUCGUGGCGCAAGCCGUAGAGUUCGGGAUUCCCUCAGCAGAUGCCGAGGAGUGCCUCAGGAGAACCAACAAUAACGUUGAAGAAGCGAUAAACUAUUAUUACAACGGUAACCUCGAAAGGGACCGAAAUGAAAACAAAUGGGACGAAAAAGCCUGGGGUGCAGACCGCUAUGGACCAGAGCCAAACCCCGAAGGAAACGUAAACGCCCUGGACUACCUGGCCGUGGCUGCUGAUCAGGCCUUCAGAGAUCCGAUCGGUGCGAAGUCGCGACCUCCGUCUCCAUCGAACACUUUUCAAAUCCAUCAUCCCACCGACGGCGAGGAUGCCGACCUUCAGCAAGCUAUCAAGGCCUCUAUGGAAGAUUCCCAACGUUCGGGACAAAAUUACCCUACAUAUACCGGACCUCAAACAACUGGAACGGUUGCAUACACACCUGCUUCAAAUUUCAAGCGUGCAGAUAAUGACACUCAGUACGACUCAGGCGCAUGGGCCCUUGCGGUCAGAGGGCAAGGGGAAACGAGUGCCAUUGAGAUAUUCCUCGACCCUCCACCCAGCGAGAGAAAGAGGGUACCUGAACAACCUGCCUUCUUAAGGCCUUCGACGGGUUCGGGGAGCCUUGGCCCCUUGCUAACCAUCCUACAUUCUAUUCCGACUGCCAGAGAUGUACUACUACAAAAGGACCACAUCUUAGAAGAUUACGGCCAACAGAAAAAUUGGUGGGCUGGACACAUCAUCCAAAUACCAAGAGUAGUGGAUGAGGACGACCUGGAUCCUAUCCCACCGGAGAACCUCGAGGUAGUGCGUGAGUCGCAGCGUUUGAUGGCGUUCCUUUCGGGAACUGAACGAGCAUACGGAACUGCGGAGAGCUUGGGGUCGAUACAUAAUAUAUUCGAUGCCAAUCCUGGAUUGAUCGUAUCCAAUUAUUUUUGUUCCUUAAGGGAUGCUAUCAAGCUCCUCCACGGUGAUCCUGAUAUGCGAACCCCUUUACUAUCUAGAGCAGUUAAGGUCUCACCCAAUGGAGAGGAGGGCUCGCAAAUUUUCGAGGUUUUUGACCUUACGAUCAAAAGUCAUGUAGUUGAACAGGGUGGUAAUCUAUAUGAUGCCCUCGACACCAUCUUCUGGGAUGAGCCGGACGAGUCAGAAGUCUAUGCUGAGUAUUUCGGUGAUGUUUGCACCAUCCAGGCCACAACUGAGGACCCUAACAAACGACCCUGCGGUAUCGAUAUACCUGCUGAAAUGUACUUUGACCGAUACACGAAGGAGUUUAAGGAUCACGUCGCAGAUAUGAAAAAGGCCAAGGUGGAGAUCCAAGGGAAGAUCGACGAGUUAAGUGCCAAAGAAAGGAAAAUUAGACUUUACUCGCCAAUGUUCCAACCCAACAGCAGUCUCGAUAUGGUGAAGGUUAUGGCAAGGACAAGGAGAUAUUUUGAGCUGUCAUCGGACCCCGACUCAGUGCUUCCAACUGGCGGAGUUGUACCGGAAGAGCAUGCAAGGAAGUGCAGUGAGACUGCGAGGCAACUGGCUGAGAUCGAGGAAAGAAUACAGAAGAAACUCUCUGACCUUAAGAAGCAACGUGAUGAGCUUCGAGAUAGGCUUGAAAAAUUGAAAUCGAUCUUUACAACUGCCGAAAAUACAGUUGAGGGUGCCCCACCUCUUCAAAAGUACCUUCUCCGUGGAGUUUCCACGGACCGCGGAGUCACAUACAUUAGAAGGGAAAAGCUCGUCCCACAUAUCAAUCUCGAGGAAGACGGAGCUCCAACCGAAAUCAAGAAGCAACUAGAAUGGUGGUCUAUCAAAUAUCACACCAUGCAACUUGCUUAUAGCGAAGAGAGUUAUAGCAGCUAUGAUAUAAAGGUCGUUUCAGAAGAGGAAGUUUUGAGGGCUGCAAGGUUUGAGGGUACUGGGUUGGUUUUACUGGCAUAUGCGAAGGAAGAACCCGCCGACGUUAAACAGACGAUCGGACUGGAGGACCUUCCGGAGGCACUACAGAAAUUUGUUCACCAGGACAAUGAGAACUUUGCGAGAGAAAUUGCUGAAGCGGCUACGAGACCCCAGUCGUAUAGUAAAAAGCGUCCUCAUGACCAAGAAUGGAAUACUGAUAAGCCGUAUGCAAACCGGGAAUACACAAGACAAUGGGAAAGUCAUUAUCAAGGAGGCACGGCUAACAGCAGUCGCAAUGCUACCCCCGGAUCUAGCAGACGAAAUUCAUUCGACAUGGCUGAUGAUAACGAUCUUAACGAUGACGUUCUCAAGACCAUACCAAGGCCGCCUAGUCCCCCCGCCGCUCCAAAUGUUAGCUUCGCGCCCUCAGGGCCUACUGUACACUUUGCAGAUCAAGCGAAAGGGUUUCAAGGGGCUUAUGGGAGCCGACAUGAGGUUAUGGCAAUCGAGGAGGAAGGGAAAGCGAGGCAGAAGCCGGUUCAGGCUGACGAUGAAAUGACUCAUGGAAGCCAGCAUAUUGAAUUUGCAGAAGAUGGAACGCUAAGGGAGGCUGUGAUGCCGAUUCCACCUCCACCUCCACCUCCAUCUCAUAGGGGGAUAAGAUUCAAUCUGGAUGAAUAA